UCAACUGCUAAUAUCGUCGCACCAUCCACAGGAAUUGACGCAAAGAAAUUGACUGUUUGGAAUGUUUAUGGAACCCCUUUAACUAAUCUUUUUCUAUGGGGUUCGAUAACCUAUAUCAGUUUACAAGUUGUAUGGUGGAAAUUAGAAUUCGCAGAACUUGUUGAAGAAACGGAUAACAAGGUCGCAAAUUUAGAGAAAGAAAUAGAGAUAUUAAAAAAAAAAUAG